CAGUUUUGAAUUGGAAGCCGCCGCCGAAGAAUUGGGAGGGUGAAAGACGUCCAUUGAGCUCCCUUCAACGUCUGUGAAGCGCCUUCCAGGAGGGGAAGCAGGCCUCGUUCGAGAUGGCUGGCGGCAAAGCUGGGAAAGACUCUGGCAAGACUAAGACCAAAACAGUGUCCCGUUCGCAAAGGGCUGGCUUACAGUUUCCGGUGGGUCGUAUUCAUCGGCAUCUAAAAUCAAGGACUACCAGUCAUGGACGUGUGGGAGCUACAGCUGCUGUGUAUAGUGCUGUUAUCUUGGAGUACCUCACAGCUGAGGUUCUUGAAUUGGCAGGAAAUGCAUCCAAAGACUUGAAGGUGAAACGAAUCACUCCCCGUCACUUACAGCUUGCAAUAAGAGGUGAUGAAGAACUGGAUUCCCUAAUCAAAGCAACAAUUGCUGGUGGAGGUGUAAUUCCACAUAUCCAUAAAUCUCUGAUUGGAAAGAAAGGACAGCAGAAAACUGUGUAAAGAAGGAACAUGGGAUUCCUUAUUAACUUGGGACUCAAAUGCUCAGUUGUCCAGUGUUGGUGGAUUUCCAGUGGACUGCAUCUGUGAAACACUUUUUGCCUUUCUGUAACCUUGAAGCUGGAGCCCAUCAAGCUUUCUAACAAACCAAAAUUCUAUA